AUGGCGCGCUCCGCCAUCGUCCAAGAAUACAAUCCUCCGCCUACCUCGAUUCCUACCCUGAGCGUCGAUCAAAAAGUCUCCCUUGAGCGACAGACGAAUGGCAUCCCUCGUCCUCAAGGCUACCGAGUCUCAUGGCACGCCAAUCCGGCCGUGGAACCGCACCACUUUGGCCAGUCGCAUCCCAUGAAGCCCUGGCGACUGACCCUCACGAAGCAGCUCGUCAUGGCUUACGGGAUGCACCACGCCAUGGACCUCUAUCUGGCCCGCGCUGCGACAUACGAAGAGAUGGCUGAGUUUCACCAGACGGACUACCUCGAUUUCUUGAGGCAAGUGAUGCCCGGGGACAUGGAGAAUCCAGAGCAAAGCGAAAACAUUGCGCGAUUCAAUUUCGGCGACGACUGUCCCAUCUUCAACGGGCUGUACAACUACUGCUCGCUCUACGCCGGCGGUAGCAUCGACGCCGCGCGCAAACUGUGCAACAACCAGUCCGAGAUCGCGGUGAACUGGUCGGGCGGCCUGCACCACGCCAAAAAGGCCGAAGCCAGCGGCUUCUGCUAUGUCAACGACAUCGUCCUCGGCAUCCUGCAGCUGCUCCGCCAUCACCCACGCGUCAUGUACAUCGACAUCGAUGUGCACCACGGCGACGGCGUCGAGCAGGCCUUCUGGUCCACCGACCGCGUCCUCACCGUCUCCUUCCACAAAUACGACAAGGAUAACUUCUUCCCCGGCACGGGACCCCUCGACAGCACCGGCCCAACCCACCCGCUCAACCCCGGCGCGCACCACGCCGUCAACGUCCCCCUCAACGACGGCAUCGACGACGAAUCCUACAUCCAGCUCUUCCGCGACAUUGUCGGCGCCUGCGUAGACACCUACCGCCCCGGCGCCAUCGUCCUCCAAUGCGGCGCCGACUCCCUCGGCUGCGACCGCCUCGGCUGCUUCAACCUCAACGUCGGAGCCCACGGCGCCUGCGUCGCCUUCGUCAAGACCUUCGGCCUGCCUCUCCUCGUCGUCGGCGGCGGCGGCUACACCCCGCGCAACGUCUCCCGCGCCUGGGCCCACGAAACCUCCAUCCUCAUCGAUGCCCAGGACCGUAUCGACCCCAACAUCCCCGACACCGUCGCCUUCCGCAACCACUUCGGCCCGGACUUCUCGCUCUUCCCCCCUCUGUCGGAAAUGCGCAAGCUCGAGAACAAGAACUCCCGCCCGUACCUCGCCGGUCUCGUCCAAGCCAUCCGUGAGCAGCUCCGCUAUAUCCAGGGGGCCCCCAGUGUCCAGAUGAGCUUCAUCCCCCCGGAUAUCCUGGGUCUGCGCGAGGACACAGAGAAGGAGAUCGAGGAGACGACGGCCCAGCUGGAGGAGGAGCGCGAGGAGCGCGAAGGGCCCGGUAGUGCGGCUGUCAAGAGCAAUCGACGGCGGGAGUUGGAGAGGGGUGCAGGAUAUCGAGGGGAGCUCUAUUCUUGA